AUGUCUUUCGGGGAUACUUUGAUUGAAGAGGACGGCUUUGGAUUUGUGCCAAGGCCACUUGGUAUUAUAUCGGAGAAAUCACGCGAGAUCGUCAGAAGGUACACUUUGACGAAUAAACAUAAAGCGAUUGUGCGUCUGAUAUCAUGGGGUGCUAGUAUUCAGUCAAUCAAAGUUCCCAAUCGUGAUGGUAAACUGACCGACGUUGUUCUAGGAUUCGAUGAUAUGGAUGGAUAUUUGAAGAACAGAUACAUGGGAAGCAUCAUCGGUCGCGUUGCCAAUUGCGUUUCCGGCGGUUCGAUGCAUCUCGACAACGUAAUUUAUCCUUUGUCGAUUAACGACGGGGCUGCAAAGGAUUGUUUCAAUGGCGGUACAGUUGCGUUUGACAAUGCUAAUUGGCAGUCGCAGAUAGUGAACAAUCGAGUGGUGAUGUCGCAUUUGAGCCGAAGCCACAGCCAGGGAUAUCCCGGUGAUGUGUUAACGCAAAUUAAGUACACUUGGACGGACGAUAACCAACUUCACAUUAACAUCCGUGCCACCAGCACAAGCUCCACUCCUGUCAACAUUACUAAUUACUGUUUAUUCAAUCUCGCCGGACAUGGUACAGGCUCGAAGGAGUUAAAGAAACACGUUCUCACGGUCAAUGCCGACAGCUGGAUUUUCAUGGACGUCAAGAAUAACUUACCGACCAGCAUUGCAUGUCCGGUGGAUGGUACGUUGUACGAACUGCGUUUACCGGUACAGUUGAACCAACGUCGAUUAUUCGAUGUACCGGGUGGCGGUUACAAUCACAAUUUGUGCGUCAACAGUCCCAGCUGCUGGUGUUACCGUUUCCACGCUCGAAUUUUACAUCCUGCUUCCGGACGAUUUUUGGAAGUUUACUCGAAUCAUCCUGGAUUGCAAGUCUAUACGGGAAAUAUGCUGCCGCAUCAACGCGUUUAUCUUCCUGAUCUGGAAGAUCACGAAUGGGGAGGCUGUGAAAAUGUGCAUAUUAAUUCCUUGAAAUCGUCGAAGGAAAUCGCGAAAGGAAAAAAAACGGAAGUUUACGGCAAAGGAGGCGUUUCUUAUCGACGUCAUGGCGGAUUUGCUUUAUCGCCCCGAAAUUAUUCCAAUACUGUUAACGUCGGACACUUUCCAUCCUGCAUGCUGUAUCCUGGGAAAAUUUAUAUGCAUGACAUGACAUACAAGUUUGGAGUGCUUUCCGAAGAUUAA